CGAAACGAGAAACCGCAGCCACGGUUUGGAUGCAUGCCGACGAUCGUGUCAGAAUCAAUUGAAGAAAUGGGGAGUCCUGUGUACACGGAAAUGGUCUCCAGCAGAGACUCAUGACGCUGAAGAACAGAACCCCGCCGACCUGCAAGUCAACCCAUCGCCUUCUCAGAAGACUCGAAUCACAUAUGCAAUGACACCCCCAACCCCUCAGCUUCCUCAAGACUUUUACGAGAAUCUCAGGAUUUACGUCCUCCAGGCAAAGAACCGUGAUCAUGCCUCUCCAACCACCAGAGCGUGUUGUCAAAGCAAUGGCCAGGGCCUUCUCCCGGUUUGUCGUGUUUGUUUUAUGGACCCUAUCCAUGUUCAUGCCAUGACAGCUCCUGGCAAAAUUCUUGACAUGCUGGUCUCUCCUGGAUUUCUUUCAACGGCAAUAAACAAGAAGGAUUGCUUUGGAAACACUAUACUUCAUUUCUAUUCUGCCAAUGGACAAGCCACAUUCGAAUCUCUUAUGCCACUCCUGGAUGCCGGAGUGGAUCCUAGCCACAAAAAUGCCAAUGGAGAGACCUUUCUUCACGUUCUGAACCCGAACAGAAUGCAGCAUCAGCUGUAUGAGCUAUUUCUAGACCUCAAACGGCGUGGAUUCGAUCUGCAAGAACGGGACAUCUUUGGCCGAACAGCACUGCAUCGGCUUUAUGAACACGAUGUACCGGAUGAAGUCUGCAAAAGGAUUUGCCGUAUUUUUAUAGAAAGCGGUGUUUCACAGACCAUGCGAGAUGCUUUUGGAAGAACCCCCCAGGAAUAUUUGGAAGCCCUCAAGGGCAGCCGCGAAAUACUGACCAAAGUGGAUCCAAGUUUGCUGGCUGGGAUAACUGGCCGCAGGUCUUGUAUGAUCUCACCUCUCAAUGAAUGUGCGGUAGCAUUAAGCAACGCCCGCGCACCAACCUUCCUCCAGUGGUACUUUGAAGCUCCGGAACUAUGGUUGAAGUCUGCAGAGAAGUUUGUGAACGACCCGACGUUUGAAGAAGACGACCUCGGCAACAACGUGUUUCACUUGCUGGCCGUGAUUUCAUAUUUUAACAACUCUUAUACCCCGGACUUUUUGGGUUGGCUCAGACGUGGUGGCGAUCCCAACCACUAUAACCGAGAGGGGUUUACCCCUCUCCAUACAUUGAUGGAUCUGCCUCUGUUGGACCCUGAUAUUGACCCUGACCCUGGGAGAACGUGUCGACAUUUAGAAAUGCUUCUGAGAGGGGCACGUGGUAGCAGUGGUAACUAUGAUAUCUCUAGAAGGGCAGACCCCGAGUUGCCAACCAGGUUCGGCGAAACCGUACUCUUCCUGGCCAGCUAUCAAGGCCGUGUUGACUGCGUGUCAGUUCUACUACGGUACGGCGCCAACAUCUAUGCCCGAAACCACAAAGGUCAGAGCAUACUCACUGUAUGUAACACAACGGCCGCAUUCUGGACCAAGGAGGCGAAUGAUCCCACCAUCUCCGAAGCUGAACGCAGAAACGCGGCAUUUCUAUCCAGGCAAAUCCACGAAUGCAUGACCAUCAUCAAAAAUCAUGGUUCUUUCGAGUCAGCCAGCGUCAUAUAAGGUUGCAACUUGACCCGUUUGCAGCCGCCUAUCCACCGUGACUCGUUCCUCUCUGGCUCGUUCCCCUCAAUUUCCGUCCCAAGAUCCUGCUCUCAUAUCUCUGUAUGAUAGUACCCGACUCAAAGCCACCGAGACGUGGUUUCUGUUCAUUAUUUACCCUGUCCCAUUGUACUGGUUUCUUGUCUUAAAUCUGGGUUCACAUGGCAAGGUUGGAGUCAUGGAUAGAUGAAGCUGGGCACUCUCUCUGC